CUUCACUACAUUGGAGCGGAUUUGUACGAAACACUUUGCGAUUUACUAUCACCAAAAACACCGGAGACUUGUUCAUACUCUCAUAAUGUAGAUGUACUACAAUUGCAUUUGGACCCGAAACCAUUGGAGAUUGCAGAAUUCUUCAAAUUUCAUCAUAGACUACAAAAUGAAGGGGAACCUGUCAAGGAUUACUUGGUUGCACUGCGGAAAAUGGCUAUUACAUGCAAUUUUGGAACAUUUUUAACCACAGCUUUAAGAAACCAGUUUGUGUGUGGAAUCAGAUCACAAAGAAUUAGAGACAGGCUUUUAGAGUCACGUGAUCUGACACUAGAGAGAGCAGUGGAUAUUGCAGCUGGUAUUGAGAGUGCCCUGGCAGAGCGAACACACACAGAAAGUUUAGAGAAGUCAAUUCAAUUCUUAAAUGUCAAAAAGAAAAUGUCACCAGUAUCUUCAAAAUCAGGACUGGUUUCAACUAAGAGUAACAAAAUUGUUUGUUAUCGUUGUGGUGGUGAUCAUUUUGCAAAUCAGUGUCCAAUGGCCAAUUAGAAAUGUAACUAUUGCCAGCGGCAGGGUCACAUUAGGAAAAUGUGCCUAAAACUGAAAAAGGUUAAUGUUUUAGAGAUAGCCGGAGGCACUGAAAUGAAUACAUGUGAAAGUGAUGUGGACAUAAAUUGUAUACAUGCAUGAUACAGUCAAUAUACAGUACAUUAACAAUUGUGUAACAAAAGAUAGUUUAAAUAAGUUUCUUUUAAAGGUUAAAAUUUACAAUACUGAUGUAUCUAUGGAGUUUGACAGUGGUUCAGCAG